AUAAGACAUAAGAGGGUAUUACCACGUGUCAUUAGCGGACUUGGGUUCGUGUUCCCUCCAUAUGUGUACCAGUUUUCGAUGACAGUGAUCACGGCCGGUCGCGCAGUGUAUAGUGUAUUAAAAUAUUAACACAAACGGGAGUUGUGUGUAGUGUACCGUUGUAAAUGUCAUGGACCUCUAACACAUUCCUAAAAGUCUCAUAAUAUUUCAACCUGGCGCCAAAAAACCAUAAACUAUCCGCUAGUUCCAUGGGCAAAAGUGGAACUGGCGGACUUCCGGGAAAAAGUACCGGUAAAAGCACUGGCAAGUCACACAUUUCUUCCAGUCCUAAACCGAAUGCAACCAAGUUACCUAAAAUCACACCAUCUACAUCAACUAAACCUACACUGCUACAACCACAAUACACUAGUGCAAAAAACAAAUCCUCUACUAGCUUCGGUGUAAUAUGGUUACCAAUACGGAAAAAGAACAAACACAAGGAAUAUGCAUACAAUGCAUAUCAAAGCAAGCAACGAGAAAAAGAAAGAGCGCCAACAAUGUAUAAUUUCAUGUCAGGUGAUUCAUCUCAUCAUCCAGCGCCAAAGAAGAUUGAAGAAGAGUCCAGUUUAUUAGUACCUGAUAAAAAUUCAGCUGCUCUUAGUGGAGUUGGAACAAUUUCUCUUCUUCAGGACCCACCAGAUACAAGUACAGAUAAAGAUUCUGAAGAAAAGCCUGGUGAAGUUAUGCGAAAAGAAAACCCCAAGGAUGCAGCAGGUGAUUCCAUUAAUGAGAAAAACAGUGAUUACCUUGAAAAUGAUGAAAAGGUUAUUAUAAAGCCGCCCAAUACUGAACUUGAGAAGAAAGAUAAAUUGGGUGAUAAUGUUGACAGCGUAUUUUUAAAGCCACCGCCAGCCCACAAAACCCGAAUGGGCACCCCCACGCCUGAAGAGGAGAGCUGUGGUAUAAAAUGCUUAUAUUAUACUCUGCAAUGCUGCGACUGUGUGCUUAUGUAACUGCCAUAAAUUAGAAGAUAAGUUACUUUUGUUAUUUAGGAAACCAUUGUUUUUCAAUGUCAUGUUUUCCCAUGAAUAAUAAUGAGCAUCUUUUUAACAAAGUAAAUAUAAAAUAUUUGUAAAUUGUAGAAAGUUCCAUAGACAUUUGUUAGUAAAUGGACAAGUAAUCUUGUUAACAACUCACUAACAUAUGUUACACAAAACUUAAUAUUGUAUUAUGUAAUAGGUGCAUUGGGUAUCGGCAGCUACAUUAAUUUUAUUUAUUUUUACACUAAUUUACACAUACAGUUGUUGUAUAUAAAUUUCCACUCAUUAGUUGCAACUAUGUGGUUUUUAAGUUAAUGCACUAAUUAUACUAAACUGAAUGUAGGCAUUGUAAUUCAGUUGUCACUGAAUUUAGGAGCUUGUAAUCAUAUUCAAUAAAUUUCAAUGAAUUUCAAUCCUGAGUUCAAAAGUUAGGGUGGCUGCUGACUGAAAUUUCUCAGAGAUAAUUUUUUAUCAUGGAGGUUGGGACGAUAAAAACUGAAAUUUAAAUCUUUUCUGUUAUAAAUCAAUCUUUCUUUUGCAUGCAUACUUUCUUAAAUGAUUGAUUCUUUAGAUAUUUUGCUAUUCAAUAAAUGGUGUCACAAAAUGUAAUAAUAUCUAAAACAAUCUUGAAUCCAUUUGUAAUUAAUGACUGAAUCUGUUGGUUCUAAAUCACUCAUAAUGUCCAUUAUCUGAUUCAGUGUCUAAAUUUAGAUAAACUUCUAAUCUCUAAAGUUGCCUCCAAAUUUAGAAACUAAAUUCAGUAAAGUGUAAUGAGUGCUUAUGGUAAGAUUGAAUAACAUUUUAGUUCAAUGGUUUCUUUAAUAAUAAUAUGAUAUUGUAAGAAUCUCAUAUUUAGUAGGAACGCAAACAGUAUGAACAUUGAUAGUUAUUAUUGAACUUUGUCUUAAAUUACAAGUUUUAUAUAACAUGAAGUAUUUAUGUAUUUUAGUGAUAAAUUAAAAUAUUUCAGAUUUUAUUUUACUAUGUUUUUCAUAGAUAAUGUGUGUGUAAAAAUGAUUUACAUUUUUCAUAUACAUUGAAUGUUAUCUAUAGUCUUAUUAAUGUAACGACAUGAUUUGUGCCAAAAUUUUCCUUUAAAUGUUCCUGCUCAAAAACUAUAUUUACGUAGUAUUUUAUUUACGUCGUGAACGUUUUAAUAACGUUUUAAUCAACAAUAACAACACUCAUUCGGAAUAUGAGUUUUAUAUUUUAUGGCUCAAUACAUGAUCACAUUCCAAGUUAAGAAGAACCUCAUACUAUGUGAUAAUAUUGAUAUUAUAUUUAUUGAUACAAAGCG